UGUCAAAGCGAAAUCAUGGUGCAAAAAAAAACUAGUUAUUUUACAUGAAUCCGUUCACGUUUCUGUCAUUUUUCUAUGUUGUGAAAAAAUAAAUGGUUUUAUAUAAUACUGAAACAUAUAAAAAACUAAGUAAAAUCAAAAUACAAAAGUGGAGAGGUAGACUAUGAAACCUUAUAAACCACAACAAAGAUACUAUACUCCUGGAUGCGGUGCCUUACGCAGGGCAAAUAAUGGUAUUGAAGAAAGUGAAUCAGAUACAAAUUUAAUUGUCAAUUCCAAAGAGAAUAGAAAUCAAUCUCACAUCGACACUAAAUUUAGAAGUGAAGGCAACACACCAAGAAAUACUUCACACCAUGCUGAUGAUAUGAUGGAUAAGUUCAAUGAUUUGUCAUUCAAAGAUACUCCUAAAAAGAACAGGAAGCCAGAUAUAGAACUUUAUGUACCUAGAAUACUAGCACAGAAUAAAAGAUCUGACCAAGAAAAUGGUGCUUCAAGAUCUCAAAAAAGAGAUAACUACUCUCAAGAAAGAGACAACAUUGGUGAUACAGAUAGAAACUCUUUUGGGCGUGCUAAUGGAAAUGAGAAAAGGUUUGAGUCCCAUUCCAAUGAUCGAUUCAAUACAAAUAAAUCGAAAAGAUACUCAUCUAAUAGGAGACGUGGUAGUGAACAGAAGGAAUUUAACGAUGAGUGGAGCGAGAGGAAUAAUCAGUCUAGACAGAUGAGGCAAGGGUCUGAGCCUAGGAAUUCAGAUAAUUUCACUCGAGAGCCUAAUAACUGGCAGAGAAUGAGGGAUACUAGAAGUAUGGAGCAUUCUAGGCCACCUGUUUCAAAUUCUUAUUCUAACUAUGGUGAUAAAUCAUACCCUUCAAAACCGCCUAGUGGUAGAAGAAAUAGUGCUAUUGAUAAAAUAAAUGAAUUACCACCAAGAUUUAAGAAAAAGAUGUUGGAGGAGGGAAAGUUGAAAAAUAUUAAUUUGCAAGAAGAUGGUUGGGAUGGCAGCAGUAGUAUAACUUUCCAAAAUACUAGUAGCCACCAUAAAAACUACUCAUCUCUAGAGGACUAUCAACCAGGACCGGGUUCUUAUGCUACACUUCCUAAUUCUCAUAAUACUCAGAGUAACUUUGUGCCUGGUCAUAAUUAUGGUUUUUCCACAUUACCUGCUAGAUCUAGAGGUAGAGGACGAUUGAAUUAUGACCAAUAUGAUUACGGUUCGGUUGGAAGAUCAAUUGAUAACAGAAGCCCCUGUCAUUCUAGACCAUCAACUCCUCAGUCUGUUGGGGGAAGUUUCAGAGAUGAUACUUUUGGAAGACCUACCAGUAGGCCACAAACUCCUUCUUUUAACAGAAGAAAUGACUAUAACAGAAGCAAUGAAGAAUCUUAUCAUUCUUCUUCCCGACAAUCCUCACAGGAGAGGCAAAGAAGAAACAACUACAAAGAUAAUUAUCAGAACCGUCAACAGGAAGACAAUUAUUCUCAAAGAAGGAAUGACGAUAGGCACAAUACACGUAGUAAAGACGAUUCUUACCAACAAAACCGAGGCGAAUUGAGGAAUAACAGGAGACGAAAUGACUACAGAGAUCGAAGAGGUCGUGGCGAUUUCAGAAGAGACGAGUAUAGGGGGCAAAAUUCACAAGAUGAAAAAUUAAACGAAAAUUCAACAGGCGCAUCAGCUGCAUUAGAUACAGCUUCCUCACAGUGGGAAGAAGUUUCAGGCGCAGAUACCCCUGUAGCUCCUGCAUCACCUAAAGCUUUGGAGACUCCCAUUAAGCCAGAAGAGGAGGGAGAGAACUUCUUUGAUUGGAGUGAAGAUGUAGAAAAAUGUUCUAAAUUGGAACAAGAAGCACUGAGUGAUGCUGCGUCUAGAAGUUCCUCAGUAAUCAGCUUGGUAGACAACAGCGUCAGUCAAGCGUCAGCACAAACUAAUGGAAAUUCUUCCAGAAAAUCUAAAAGCAAAAAUAAAAGGAGAGAUAAAAGAGGAAGAAGAAGUCGUAGCAAUAUGAGAGACAAAAGCAGGGAAAGAACUAAUGAGCAACAUGUAGAGACUUUCAACAAUUUCAAAGUACCUACCGAGCCUGUCCGAAGAAGGCUUUCCCGCGACUGCAGCUUCGAUAGGUUCAGCAGAUCAUCCAAAAAUCGUAGUAGGGAAGGCAGUUUUGAUAGAAUGCGAAAAACUUCAACGGGCGAAUGCGAAAAUUGGAGAGAAGAGAUUAGGGCGAGACAAGAGCAAGAGAAAGAAAAAGAAAUCAGAAGGAGUAGGAACAAUUCAGGAACGAGCGACUUUCAGAGAAGCAGACAGAAUUCUGAAGAUACUCAAAGUAAAAGGAAAAGUUGCGAUCUGUCUGAUAUUGAUGUGAAAAAAGCUGGUGUUUUAGUUAUUCCGCAGGAACAUCCACAGGCAGCUGCUUCUACUUCUUCGCCUCCCAGUUUGGACAAUCCCCGAUAUGCCCAAAAACAAAAUAUUUCGCAUACCAAGAGUUUAUUCGAUCCCAACAACCCCGAUAAACCAAUAAUUGUGAAGUCUCCAAAUUCUAGAGUUGCUCCGGGUAUUCCGGAAGAUAAAGAAAUAACGCCUCCACCUGCCGUAUAUGACAUAUUCGGAAAUAUUUGCCCCACUUGGUAUGUGGAAAACUCUGAAGAGAAUCAGAUGAGCCACUAUCCUGAAAUGAUAAGGGAUGUGAAAAGGGCUGAUCAAGAAAUCCAGUAUGCCAUCCAUUCAGGCAUCUUUCUGAAAAACUGGUCUGCAGUUGAAACUUUUAGGCAGUUUUUGAAGGAGUCUUUGCAAUAUUUUCUGUGUAAAGAUUUGAAAUUCAGUCAAACAUGCAAUAUAGAACAGCACUUCUGGAAGUUGUUAUAUUACAACAUAAUAGAAAGGGUCCGAAAAGCAAGUCAAGAGGAUGAGGCCAACAAAGAAGAUUAUAAGCAAUUCGUUUUGUACUUGGUAGAUGAAGGAACACAAUAUUUUGAAGGUCUCUUGAAGAUGCUGGAGGAUACAUAUCAGUUCCAACUGAUUGACUUUUUGGGAGCAAAUCAGUCUAUACCCCAAAAAGGAUUGGGCUAUGUUGGAUUGGCUUUAAUUUCGGCCCAGAAAAUUUUGAUUUUCUUAGGUGAUUUGGCUAGAUAUAAGGAGCAGAUUAAUGAGACUAUGAAUUUUGGAAAAUGUAGGCAGUGGUAUAUAAAAGCGCAUGAAAUAAAUCCUAAGAAUGGUAGACCUUAUAAACAGUUGGCUCAUUUAGCUGUUUGUGCUCGUAGAAAAUUAGAUGCCGUUUAUUAUUACGUUAGAAGUUUAAUGUCCUCAAAUCCUAUUUACUCUUCAAGGGAAAAGCUGACCAGUUUAUUUUAUGAGAACAGUAAAAAGUAUGAACAAGGGGAGAAGAAACGUCGUGAAGAAAGGCAAGAAAGGGCGAGACAGUACAUGAAAGAGAAAGAAAGCGACCACAAUAGUAAACCUAAAUCACUCAGAAAGGAAACGUGGAUUAGACCAGAUGGAGGACAAAGAGUUCAUAGAACGACUCAAGCUGUGCAGAAAGAAGAUGAUUCUGAAGAGGAGAAUCUGUUGCUGUUGAGUUAUGUGGAGGUUAAUAAACGCUUCGUAAUAAGUUAUCUACACGUCCAUGGGAAAUUGAUUACAAAAAUUGGAAUGGACAGUUUUCAAGAAGCCGCCAUGCAGAUGUUGAAGGAGUUCAGGGCCCUUCUGCAGCACUCGCCUUUGCCGUUGCCUUCCAAUAGACUACUGCAGCUGUUGGCCUUGAAUAUGUUCGCCAUUGAGAGCAACCAACUGAAAGAUCCCGAACAAAGACUCAGCGGUUACAGAUCUGAAUUUCAGGAAUGCGCACUUGUUGUAUCGUUGCAAAUGUUCAACCUCAUUCUGGAAAGGUGCGUUUCACUUCUCGAGGAACAUUUGGCUUCGAAACCCGAGAAAUUGAACGAAGUCUCCAUGGACGCCCAAGUAUUGCUGCCCCCAAUCAAGAUCUGGUGCGAUUGGAUGCUUUGCCAUAGCAGCGUUUGGAACCCUCCACCGUCGACACAAGACUACAGAGUGGGCGCGCCGGUGGACCCCUGGACCAGGCUGGCGAUGCUGAUGAAUCUGCUGAGGCAGUUCGAUCAGUCUGCGUCGUCGGUUUUCGAGACAGAGCAGCUUGAAGGAUACGAGCUUCUCAGGUUACCAGAAGAUAGCACCCUGAGCGGUUUUACCCCAUUGAUGGUCAAAGUCGACGAGCCAACCUAUAUACCUAAAAACUACGACGUUGAGUCGGCUCAGUUCGUGAUGAGGCUCAACAAGCUGCUUUUCUUCGGAACGGAGUUCCUGUGCGGCCUGGAACCUCCUGUUCUGAAGUUGGAAAUCUACAACGAUUUAGAAGAGUAUAGAAGCGUGGUCAGCAACGCGAACAGCAGGGAUUCGCCACAGUGUGUUGAGGAAAUGAAUGAUCAGGAAGUACUCGUGGAGAGUUAUAGUGAUAACGAAUCCAAAAUUGCCAAAAUUGGCGAAGAUACGUCUUCUGAAGUUCGUGAUCUUCUCACUAGGAAAGUAGAACUGGAAAGAUGGCAUAAAAAACAUCAAUUACAUAUGGAAAGAGUUGAGAAAAUCCUCGCCCAAUCGAUCAUAAGCGUCCAUAUUGAAGUGCUUCCAAAAUAUCUGGUACCUGAUACGAACUGCUUCAUAGACCAUCUACACAGGAUAGAAGACAUCAUCAAAGUUCCAAACUCGCCUUACAUUAUCAUGGUACCCAUCGUUGUCCUUGGCGAACUCGAAGGUCUUGGACGUGGAGGGAUCGCUCCAGUGCCCGGCACUAUGUCCAGAACCGACCCGGAACAUACCAAGAAAGUCGGUGAGGCAGCAAGAAAGGCCCUCGUCUUGCUCAAGAAGCGCCACCAUAACAUCAAAUGCGUCACGACCAAGGGUGCUGUGUUGAAUUCUACUACGUUCACCACCGAAGAAGACCCUUCGAUGAAUUUAGCCAAGAAUGACGACAAGAUAUUGACCACAUGUUUGAAUUUAUCGAAGCUUCACGAUAAGCAGAUGGAGAAUAAAGAAGGUGAACCUAGGCAGAUAUUUAGAGAAGUAGUACUUUUAACGGAUGAUAGAAAUUUGAGGGUGAAGGCUCACUCAACAGAUGUCCCUGUUAGGGAAUUGCCAGACUUCAUGAAAUGGGCAGGACUAGGAUGAACCGUUGUCGAGGUACUUCAUCAACAUGAUAUUUGCCGGAGAGUUUAGGAUAACUGAUGGUAUCAGUUCCGCUCAUUCGAAAAAAGUUCCAAGUAAAAAUGAGACAUAAUUUUUUCAAUAUCUAUCGAGUAAUUUACAUUUUUCAAUAAAUAAAAAACUGACAGCAUGUUCACAAUGUUGUUCGUCGUCACCUGACCGAGGAUUGGACAAGGACUUAGGAAGAGACAUCUUUGCACAACAUUGACAAAAUCAAAAGGGCAUUUGCGCCAGUUUUUAUUUGUAUAGUUUUAUUUUAUACACAUCUAUUUUUCUCAAUAAAUAUAUUAUUAUUUUAGUAUAAUAUAAUACAAUCAUUUUGUACUUAGCGAUUUAUUGACUUAGUAAGUAAGCAAUUGGAAUUUUUUUCUCUAAUAAUUUGUUUAUAUUUUUUGUAAUUUCAUCCGUUCUUUGUUAGUUGAUUGAUAUUUUUGGAAGCAACUAUACCCUUCACAAAACAUAAUUUCAGCUCCUCAUCUGAGUGCGGAGGAGUUGGCCAAAUCAUUGAUCGUCUAUUAUAUUGUCGCCAUUCGUUUUUGCUCAGGAAUUGACUGUAUGUUAAUAAAAAUUAACUCACAAUA